AUGUGGGCUUUUAUAAGCAGUGUUCGAAUUCUAGGCUGCUGUCAUAUCUAUCUUGCAACCUCCUCUAUUUUUCAUAAGCGGUCUCCUCCUUUUGCUUUUGCUGCUUCCAUAAAAAACAAUACAAACAACAACAUGAGCUCUUCCUUUUCUCAUUCCAAUAGAGGAGGAAGAGGUUUGGAGAUGCAAAACGAUAGAGAAGGGUCUAGAGGCCGAGGCCGCGGCAGAAGGGGAUCUAGUAAGGAUAAAAUUGAUGCACUUGGCAGAUUACUGACACGGAUCUUGCGUCAUAAAGCUUCAGAGUUGAACUUGAAUAUGCGGAGUGAUGGGUUUGUCAAAGUUGAGGAUUUACUAAAGCUCAAUAUGAAAACAUUUGCUAAUGUUCCGUUAAGAUCACAUACUGAUGAUGAUGUUAAAGAGGCUGUUAGAAAAGAUAAUAAGCAGCGAUUUAGCCUCCUGGAAGAAGGUGGGGAGCUUCUGAUACGUGCUAACCAAGGCCACUCGAUAAAGACAGUUGAAUCUGAAAGUCUGUUAAAAGCAAUUCUUUCGCCCGAGGAAAUUACAGUGUGUGUACAUGGGACCUAUAAGAAGAAUCUGGACUCAAUUUUGGAAUCCGGUUUAAAGAGAAUGCAAAGAUUGCAUGUUCACUUCUCCAGUGGUUUGCCAACAGAUGUUGAGGUGAUUAGUGGUAUGAGACGGGAUGUUAAUGUUUUGAUAUUUCUUGAUGUCAGAAAAGCACUUGAAGAGGGGAUGAAGCUUUACAUUUCAGACAAUAGGGUGAUUUUGACAGAAGGUUUUGACGGCACCAUACCUGUCAAGUAUUUUGAAAGAAUAGAAUCCUGGCCUGAUAGACGGCCUAUACCCUUCCGGACGACCUAAAUUUGAUUGUAGGUGGUCCUUCUUUUGACCCAUAAGAUGGCAGUUUACAUUUGAUAAGGCGCAGUUCUUCAGCUGCCAUGGCAUGCAAACUUGGCACAUAUUCAGCUGACGCUAUUGUAAGUUAGUAUGUUGUAAGGAAGGUGAUGAGAAAAACCAAGUUGAAGCUUUCGCCCAA